UGUUUCAGACGAAAUUUACCUUACACGGGUAAAUGUUAUCAAUGUGUCAUGUUACGUAACGUUGACUGUGGCGUAAAUUCGUCACGGUUAUUUUAAAAUCCAUCACGCGCCAAUUUACUUUGUAUACUGUUUUUCAAAAUGGGAGUCCGCCCGAAUUUUCUUUUUUCCCAUAUCAGAAAAUUACGAUGACACUCUUUCGUGGAAAAAACACGAGAAAGAUUUUUAGGAAAGACACCUGAUACUGCGCAAUGAAACAUCACGCAACUUUUAUUGAACAUAAACAGUUUCGAAGUAAAAGUCACGAGAUUUUGGGAUGUCCACUCCAGCAAUCUGUGACGUUAGGAACGAGUUUCUUUGCAACUACUCGCAGCUACCCGGAGCUUGGUGCUGCAGAUAGCAAAGUGUAAGCUAAGCGAUAUAUCAACUAUACAAAUCGAAAACGAGAGAGUCCAGGGAGAACGUGUCUUGAAUAGGCAGCGGAUUCCCACAGCAAAACAGAGCCAGCUUGUUUAUCGAUGCUGAUCAAAUAUGGCUGCUCGACAGGAAGAGACGAGAGAUCGUGCCUUUGGCAUUUCGCCUGAUACACCGAACAAAGCAAGAUGUUUUCGGGACUUUUUACAAGAGGUUAUUGACAAAAUCACAGGAGAGAAUCUCAAAGCGAUGAAACGCUUUCUGCGAGAUGUAAUCUCGUUGAAAAUUGGCGUGAACUGCAAUUCUGCAGACGAACUUGUAGACAAACUUUUAAGUUGUCAUUGUUUGGGCGAGUACGAUUUGGAUUUGCUGGAAGAUUUGCUGGGUGUAACUGGACGAAACGACAUUUUAGAUCUCUUGCGUGAGUAUAAAAGGAAAUGGCCUCCAGUUUUAGAGAGUACUUCGGAAAAAGCCAUCGGCGAACUGGUUGCAGCUCAUGGAAGAUCAAUUGUUUCUUUCAUUUUACAUGAAAAUGCACAUGAGAUCACACCCAACAAGGUUAAUUCCUUUAAGAAAUCUAUCUGCAAACAUUUGAAGUUAGUACGCGCUGAAGUGGCUUUUAUUGCGGCGAUGAGGAUUCCAAGAAAGCAGCUGGUUUUUCACUUGACGUCAGAGGCACUUCCUCUGCUGCGGCAUUGCACUGGAUGGAGGAAGGAAUGGCUGUUUUCUCUGAAUGUCAGUGGGGUUCAAGUAUCUGGAGAAGAUGAGAUUUCUGUUCAAGAACUGAAAAUAUCACAACUCAGACUACAAGAAGAUCCAGUACUGGUGUCGCCUGUUUUGAGAGUUAGUGAAGCUGCCCGAACAGGUGACGUUCCAGAAUUAAAAAGAGUCCUCGAUGGUGAAUCAGUAACCAAGAGAAACUUCCUGCUUAACACCCGCACUGAUGGAGCGACACCCUUAAUUAUAGCUGCAAGGAAUGGUAACACUGCUAUAGUCCAGUGCCUUCUUGAUGAGUAUGAUGUUGAUCUGGAGCAAGAAGGAACUGUCAAAAUUGAUGGCGACCUGAUUGAGUGUUGUACACCGUUGUGGAUGGCUUCUCUGGGGGGCCAUCUGGCAAUUGUUAGGUUGUUAUUGGAGCGAGGUGCAGAGGUGAAUCACACAACACUCACUAACUCCACCCCACUGAGGGCAGCUUCAUUUAAUGGACAUACAGAGGUUAUACGAUGUCUUAUUAAUCACGGCGCGGAUGUUAACAAGCGAAAUCAAGAUGGCAAUACUUGUAUAAUGGUGGCCUGUUGGAAUGGACACCUUGGCACAUUUGGAUUACUUCGCACAUCAGGGGCGAACAUGGAUGUACAAGACAAUCAGGGAUUUUCAAUGAUUCACUGCGCUACAGCUGCCAAUAAUCUUACACUCUUGCACGAGCUUCUGCCAGUCCCGAAUACCCCUGCAGUGAAUGCCAAGACAUCUGAGGGUAUCACUCCGUUGAUGUUAGCUUGCGAAAAAAACCAUCCUGAUGUCGUCCUGUUGUUAUUACAGAAAGGUGCUGCAGUGGAUGAAAAGUCUGACAAAGGUCUGACUGCGGCACAUUUCUGUUCUCUGUCCGGUGACAUAACAAGUCUUCAUCACCUAAUAGAAUACAAAGCCGAUCUCAACAAGGCCACUGAGCGAGGCAGCACUGCACUAAUGUUGGCGUGUGCCAAGGGGCAUGUUUCCAUAGUUACUGCUCUGCUCAGAAACUCUAGUAAAUCGAAGUUGAAGAGUGAAAUAAGCUCAGCGCUGAAGUUUCGAGGCUUGACAGGACAGACGAGUUGUCUUGGGAUUCUGUCAACACCUAAAGCAAUGGAUAUAAAUGUUGGCAAUGAAAAUGGCGAGACCUGUUUAAUGAUGGCUUGCGAGAAAGGCAGCGUGGAUAUUGUGCGAAUUCUGCUUGAUGAAGGAGCUGAUCCAAAUAGCGCAGACCAGAAUGGUGUAACACCGCUGAUGAUCUGUUGCAGGCGCGGACAAGAGCGAAUCGUGUCGCUGUUGCUGAGGAAAGGAGUUCAAGUGGAUCUAAAGAAUAACGAAGGUGACACAGCCUUACACAUCUGUGUGCGGCAUUACCGUGAAUUUAGUGGACACAAGAAAUGUUUAGAACAGCUUCUUAGCACUGGGGUGUAUACAGAAAUCAAGAAUUCCUCGGGGGACACGCCCGUCACUGUUGCUCUUAAGAGUAAGACCUGGUGCGGACAAGCGUUCGAACUGCUGCACGGUAGGGGCCUGGAACUCACCGCCUCUCUUCAAGACACAAACGGUGACACAGUGUUCCAUAAAUGCGCGCGAUCUGGCGAUCUCUUGUCCUUGACUUACCUGCUGGCCCUAGACAGCAGAGGCCCGCUUCAAAGGAACCAAGAUGGCGAUACGGCACUCAGAGCAGCGGCGCUAGAAGGAACCGAAUCUAUGACACGCACACUGAUCAACACGGUCAGCGGAUUCCCAGUGAAGGACAAGAUCGAAGCUCUUGAGAUGUUAGGUGUUGGUUUAUUGGCUAAGGAACUGUCACGUGACUGGGAUAUUACUGCCGUAGUGGGUUUCUGGCACGAGGCACUUGCCCUUCGUCGUACCCACAAUCUGGCGGUUCCGAACAUUGUACCACGUGAGUUUCCGUUGGAGUAUUUCUUGGAAGCGAGGCUGCCAGGUGACCUGACCGAGUUCGAGGCCAAUCCUAGUGCCGUAACUGCGCAAGCGCUGCAAAUCUGCGACCGCGUGUUGGGCGACAAACAUUCACGUCUGCCCUCCCUCCUGGGGACAAUUGGCGAAAGAUUUGCGCAAAUAGGAGAAUUUUGUCGCAGUUUAAAUAUCUGGCUUUAUGUUUUGGAGAUUCAACUCAAGUCGCUUUCCUCUUCACAGGACGGAGUGGACGAUGUCCUGAACACGUUCCGUUGUUUCGAUGACGCUUUCGGUUUUGUUUUGAGCCGAAGUGGAAGCGUUUUACAUUUCAAGACAGUCUACCAAGUCAUCAAAAGCGCAUUACAUGGUCUCAAAGCGUGUCCUGCCUUGUACGAGUCACGUGAUAAAAUGAUGGUGUACGUUCUUCACUACUUGUCUGCUUUGUUGGAAGUGGCGUCAGACGAGCGUGACGUAGAAGUUGUCAUGGAGACCGCCAAGGCCGUUGCCUGGGCGGGCCUGCGCAGUACAACAGGAUCCACUCUACUUCACCUUGCCUCAAACUCCAGAACAGAGGAAAUAAGCUCUCUUAAAGAGCACCUCCAUUUUCCGAGCCUUCGCGUCUGCGAGCUUCUAAUGGACAGCGGUGUCGAUCAGAGCGCUGUUGACGGCGACGGGAACACUGCACUUCAUAUACUGCUCACUAAAGGUCACGCGGAGAGAGAUGUACUAUCGUGUCUUCUAAAUGCUGGGGCGCAUAUGGAUGCGCGCAAUUCCUCGGGUAAGACAAUUCUUGACUUGGCGAGGUGCGAGAAGGUCCGGCGUGUUAUCCAGGCUGCUGAUCACGUGCCUGGUCUCCAGUGCCUCGCGGCUCGAAAGAUUAUGGCAGAAAAGUUGCACUUCGAGGGAAUUGUGCCGAAAAGGCUGGAAUCAUUUAUUCAGAUGCAUUAGACAAGUUUACAGUUAAUAAUUUAAAAAUGGUUCUUUGUCAUAGGAAAAAAAACCAACGAAACAAAACCAAACAGUGUUAGAAGCCAGUUACAACGAGGCACAAUGGCCUGCAACAGGCGGAAAGCGCGGGAAAAGUCACGUGAUGCAAUCAGCUUUCACCUAUUGGUUCUAAUUAAUACCGCACCUUCGCUCUGAUUGGUUAUUGAACUUGUCACCUGAGACCCCUAGGUCUCAGAUAUUAUCAUCCAAGUCACUGUGUGGUGCUUUCGAUGAACGUUAGAAAGGCGCUUUGUUGCUUAAGGCGACUGAAUCCUUGUUGAUACUACAUUCGCAGGUAGAUUAUGUGCCUUUAUUAACCAAGCCCUUUUGGAAUUGUCUAGUGACUGUAUUUCAACCAAAUAUCAAGAGACCCUUUGAUUAUGAUCGAAAUUGAAUUUUAUAUUAGGUCUAGCCAAAGAAGAAAACAAAAACGGUGAAAUUUAUUUUGAUUUCGUGCUAAACGCGGUAUUUUUGUAAUUUGUAAAUUUUGGUUACUCGUAAGAAAAUUAGGUCAAAUUUUUAGAGAGAUGUAUGUGCGCUUAUCAUCCGCUCAACAACUGCUUCAACGAUCAGUUCCGUAAAUGAAAUAGAGAAAUUUCGGUCAGUUUGAAAUGAAAGAACUUGUAAGGAGACUUAAGCGGGAAAAUAUAGAACACUGAAAAUUUAGUUCUUUUGAAGAGCUCCACAACUCUCCGAAGCUUGUACUAAAACGUCUAUGAUAAAGUUAGUUAAUUUGUGAAGCGAAAUUUCCGCAAAUUUUUGGGUGAACAGAAACCAACCAUAUAAAUAAAAUCGAGGUUAUAAGGUUUUCCUCGAUCCCAGGGUA